AUGGCUGGUAUUCUCUCUAGAGAGGAAGAAGCAGAGUUAGCAUGCAGUAACAAAAAAGUAAAGGACAUUAGUCACGCUGACUUCGAGGGCCAGGUGAGGGAAGGCCUGACCUCCUUUCCUUCUAAUCCGGGGAUUGCUAGACACCCAUUGUCAUUCAGAGAUAAGCUUGUGGGAGAGAUACCUGGGGCUUACGUUCAAGCUUUUAAUUUUACUGAACUUAUGGAGGCAAAUGAAGAAGCAGAUGAGGAGCGCCCUGACCUUAGAGAGGGUCUUAUUGCUGUUCCCUUUUCAAAAGAGCUGAAGGCCCGUAUUCGAUCUCCCUGGAGUAAAAGCCUCAUUGUCAAAGUUUAUGGAAGAGCUGUUGGAUUCUCGUUCCUCCAUGGCCGACUGCUGUCCCUUUGGAAGCCAGUGGGAAAGAUUGAUUGUGUAGACCUUGGUCAGGAGUUUUUCCUUAUCCGUUUUUCCGUCAAAGAGGAUUCUAAGGCAAAUAUCUCAUCGGUGGCUGUUUGGGUGAGAUUGAAUGAGCUUCCCAUUGAAUAUUACCAUGUGGAAGCUCUUCAAAUCAUUGGGAAUGCCAUUGGCAAGGUAUUAAGAAUAGAUUCACACACAGCCACCGAGUCCAGGGGAACGUUUGCUCACCUAUGUAUUCAGGUGGAUGUUGGUAAGCCACUUAUUACAGCUCUUCUUAUUGGGGGUAAGGAACAACCGGUGAGCUAUAAAGGGGUUCAAAGGCUAUGUUUUUCCUGUGGUAGGAUUGGCCACCAUCGUGAAAGUUGCCCAUAUGUUGUUCGGAAUGAUGCUGCUCAGGCGAGGGAGACUGAGGAAACAAUGGAGAAGACGGCGAGACAAGUAGGCGCUGUGCAUGUUCCUGCCAAUGCAGGCACCACGUCGAGCACGUCUAAGGGCAGUGGAUCGUACGAGGGCUCGGUGGGAGAGGACAAGUUGGUGGACAGUACCAAGGACGUGUAUGGUCCGUGGAUCAUGGUUUCACGCAAAAGGCAUGGGAGCAAGGGGACAAAAAAUGAGGUCCCCACUGAUCAGAGCACACCAAAGAUGAAAGGGAUUGGGAAGUUUGGGCCUAACGAAAUUGCUCAUAGGGAAGGCAAAAGGAAGGUGACAUUGGAACUUAGCCCAUUUGGGGCCCAAAUGGCCAACACGGUUCAGUCAAUUUCCAAUAGGCCGAAUCCUUCAAGCCAUAAUCCAGGCCAGGCCCACGUGAAAAACUUUAGCCCAAAAGCUGAGUCAAACCUCUCUAUUAGGGGUAAGAAGGGAAUUGCAAGGAAUAGGGCUUCUUCAACCGGAACUAUAAAAGAGGUAACUAAUUUUGUAGUCAAAGGAGCGGACAACACAGUGAGGAGUUCUUUCUUAGAUAAGCAGAGUGUGAAUGGAGAUGCAAACUUCAACUUCAAUGCUAAGUCUGGUGGGCAAUCGGCGAGCUCUAGUCUUAAUGGCCAUCAAAGCUGUGUUUGUCAUGAAGAGAACCAGCCAAAAGCUCAAGCGGCCUUGGAAGUUUGA